GAGCACGUGCCGCCGCGCGCCAGCGGGGCCGAGGACCUACGGAAACGGACCCCUUCACCCACCCGCCCACCGCCCUGGGAGCGCCCGGGGUACCCCGAGCACCCAGCACCAGCUCGAAGGCAGACCCAGCCGCUAAGCUUCAACGUUCUCGCCCUAACUUUCCUCCAACUUCUCUGUAAGGAGGAACCUGCCGCCCCGCCCGCCGAGAUCCGCACUUGAACUCCGCGGAGCCGGCCGUCCACCUUGCGCCACCCCGAGCGCCGGCUAGGAGCGGCUGUCGGGAAGCCCCGAUGACCUCUCCAGAAAGAGCGUGAAGAAGGCUUCGGCAGCCGCGCUCGGCCCAGGCGCCAGGGCGGCGCCACCGGGGAACUCGGAGCAGCAGAGCCGGGGAAGGUGGUGGAGCAUGACCGCGCGGCCCCUGGGGACCUCAGCGCAGUGAUGCCGACAUGUAAGUCCCCCCUUUCAGCUCAGGAUUCCUUCACACCUUUACCUGUGCCUCCCCCCGCCCCACCCCAAGGGCUUUGUAAGGACUUCAACCGCAUUGACGGAAUAAACCGGUUUGUCUUCACUUGGCCCCUCGAGGCACUGAGGGGCGAGCUGCUGCUGCCGGACGGAGCUGUGACAUGUGUGUGCCGCUGGCUUUUUUCCAGCGAGAGGUAAACCUCACGUUUGGGCGGCGUAAAGCAUAAUAAAAAAGGCAGGGCUUCAAGAAUGGGGAAAAGGUUUUGGAUUCAAAUUAAACAAGGAGUCACCGGCGCGGCUGCUCCGUCCAGGGGCCUCGCCCUGCCAAGAAGCCGCUCUCCUGGAUCAGCAAGCACCUGGGAGCUUGGAAGGAUGUUUCACUCAGGCCGAAUGUGGAGCUGUCAUUCGAAAUGGAAGCCAAGUUCUCUUUUGUUCUUAUUUGCUUUAUAUAUUGUGUAUAUUCCUCCCUCAGCGUGGGGAUGUGCCAACUGCAGGGUCGUCCUCUCCAACCCUUCUGGGACCUUUACUUCUCCGUGCUACCCUAACGACUACCCCAACAGCCAGGCUUGCAUGUGGACCCUCCGAGCCCCCGCGGGCUAUAUCAUUCAGAUAACGUUUAAUGACUUCGACAUUGAAGAAGCUCCCAAUUGCAUUUAUGACUCAUUAUCCCUUGAUAAUGGAGAGAGCCAGACUAAAUUUUGUGGAGCAACUGCCAAAGGCCUAUCAUUUAACUCAAGUGCGAAUGAGAUGCAUGUGUCCUUUUCAAGUGACUUUAGCAUCCAGAAGAAAGGUUUCAAUGCCAGCUACAUCAGAGUUGCCGUGUCCUUAAGGAAUCAAAAGGUCAUUUUACCCCAGAUGCUAGAUACUUACCAGGUAUCUCUUGCAAAAAGUGUCUCUAUUCCAGAGCUCAGAGCUUUCACACUCUGCUUUGAAGCAACCAAAAUUGGCAAGGAAGACAACGAAUGGACAGCUUUCUCCUACUCAGAUGCAUCCUUCACACAAUUGCUCAGUUUCGGAAAGACCAAGAAUGGCUACUUUCUAUCUAUUUCUGGCUCCAAAUGCUUACUAAACAGUGCGUUACCUGUAAAAGAUAAGGAAGACAUUUUCACAGAAAGCUUUGAGCAGCUCUGCAUCGUUUGGAAUAAUUCUUUGGGAUACGUUGGUGUAAAUUUCAAAAGAAACUAUGGAGCAGUUUCAUGCGAUUCUACCAUUAGUAAAGUUAUUCCUGGGAAUGGGAAAUUGUUGCUGGGCUCCAAUCAAAAUGAAAUUGCCUCUCUAAAAGGGGACAUUUAUAACUUUCGACUUUGGAAUUUUGCCAUGAAUUCCAAAAUCCUCUUCAACCUCAGCUGCAAUGUGAAAGGGAAUGUGGUAGACUGGCAAAAUGACUUUUGGAAUAUCCCAACCCUAGCUCUGAAAGCUGAAAGCAACCUCAGCUGUGAUCGAGGUUCCUACCUGAUCCCGCUCCCGGCAGCAGAACUAGCCAACUGUGCAGAUUUGGGGACCCUUUGCCAAGCUACUGUAAACUCUCCUAGUACUACACCACCCACUGUCACCACUAACAUGCCUGUUACUAAUAGAACCGAUAAACAAAGGAAUGAUGGAAUUAUUUAUAGAAUUUUCAUAGAGAUUCAAAACAUCCUUCGUCACCCCGAGGUAAAAGUACAGAGCAAGGUGGCCGAAUGGCUCAAUUCAACCUUCCAGAAUUGGAACUAUACUGUUUAUGUGGUUAAUAUCAGUUUUCACCUGAGCACGGGAGAGGACAAGAUUAAAGUGAGGAGAAGCAUUGUGAAUGAUCAAAGGUUGGCGAUUUGGGCCCUUCUAGUUUACAAUGCUACCAACAAUCCCGAUUUAGAAGGAAGAACCAUUCAGCAGAAGCUCUUAAGAAAUAAUGAGUCCCUGGAUGAGGGCUUGAGGCUACAUAGAGUGAAUGUGAAGCGACUGGGUAUAUGUCAUGAUGAUGAGGACCCCAAAGGCUAUAAAUGGCCGGCCAUCCAACCUUCUGUAUACAAUGCUCCCUGUCCAGGGAAGCCGGGCUUCUAUGCUUCACGGACAUGUCAUCAUGACCCUGCCAACACAUCUCUAGCCUACUGGGGGCCUCCUGAUAUCUCCAAUUGCUCAAGUGAAGCAAAUGAAGUUGCCAAUCAGAUUUUAAAUUUAACUGGUGAUGGGCAGACGUUAAACUCAGCCAAUAUCACCAGCAUCGUAGAACAGGUCAAAAGGAUUGUAAAUAAAGAAGAAAACAUUGAUAUAACGCUUGGCUCAACUUUAAUGAAUAUAUUUUCUAAUAUCUUAACCAGUCCAGACAGAGACUUGCUUGAGUCUUCUUCUGAAGCUUUAAAAACAAUUGAUGAAUUGGCCUUCAAGAUAGACCUACAUAGCACAUCACAUGUGAAUAUCACAACUCGGAAUUUGGCUCUUGGAGUAUCAUCUGUGUCCCCAGAGACCAAUGAAAUUUCAAAUUUUAGCAUUGGUCUUCCAAGCAAUAAUGAAUCAUAUUUCCAGAUGGAUUUUGGGAGUGGACAAAUGGAUCCAUUGGCCUCUGUAAUUUUGCCUCCAAACUUACUUGAGAACCUGAGUGAAGAAGAUUCUGUAUUAGUUAAAAGGGCACAGUUUACUUUCUUCAAUAAAACUGGACUUUUCCAGGAUGUAGGAACCAAGAAAGGCACCUUAGUGAGUUAUGUGAUGGCAUGCAGUAUUGGAAACAUUACGAUCCAGGAUCUGAAGGAUCCUGUUCAAAUUAAAAUCAAACAUACAAGGACUCAGGCAGUGCCUCAUCCCAUCUGUGCCUUCUGGGAUCUGAACAAAAACGAAGGCUCUGGAUUUUGGAACACUUCAGGAUGUGUCGCACACAAAGAUUCAGAAGCCAACGAGACGGUCUGCCUGUGUAACCACCUGACCCACUUUGGGAUUCUGAUGGACCUUCAAGGAACUGCCUCACAGUUGGAUGGAAAAAACACUAAAGUUCUCACCUUCAUUACCAAUAUUGGGUGUGGAAUAUCUGCUAUUUUUUCAGCAGCUACCCUCCUGACAUAUGUUGCUUUUGAAAAAUUACGAAGGGAUUAUCCCUCCAAAAUCUUGAUGAACCUGAGUACAGCCCUGCUGUUCCUGAAUCUCCUCUUCCUCCUGGACGGCUGGAUCACCUCGUUUCAUGUGGAUGGACUUUGCACGGCCAUUGCAGCCCUGCUGCAUUUCUUCCUUCUAGCUACCUUUACCUGGAUGGGGCUAGAAGCGAUUCAUAUGUACAUUGCCCUGGUUAAAGUAUUUAACACUUACAUUCGCCGAUACAUACUGAAAUUCUGCAUCAUUGGCUGGGGUCUGCCUGCCUUAGUUGUGUCCAUUGUUCUAGCAAGCAGAAACCAAAAUGAAGUUUAUGGAAAAGAGAGUUAUGGAAAAGAACAAGGUGAUGAAUUCUGUUGGAUUAAAGAUCCUGUCGUAUUUUAUGUGACCUGUGCCGGGUAUUUUGGACUCAUGUUUUUCCUGAAUGUCGCCAUGUUCAUUGUGGUGAUGGUGCAGAUCUGCGGGAGGAACGGCAAGAGGAGCAGCCGGACGCUACGCGAAGAAGUUCUAAGGAACCUGCGCAGUGUGGUCAGCCUGACAUUUCUACUGGGCAUGACGUGGGGGUUUGCUUUCUUUGCCUGGGGACCUUUGAAUGUCCCUUUCAUGUACCUUUUCUCCAUCUUCAAUUCUUUACAAGGCUUAUUUAUAUUUAUCUUCCACUGUGCUAUGAAGGAGAAUGUUCAGAAGCAGUGGAGACGGCAUCUCUGCUGUGGUCGAUUUCGAUUAGCAGACAACUCAGACUGGAGUAAGACAGCUACCAAUAUCAUCAAGAAAAGUUCUGAUAAUCUAGGAAAAUCUUUGUCCUCAAGCUCCAUUGGCUCUAACUCAACCUACCUUACAUCCAAGUCUAAAUACAGCUCUACCACCUACUUCAAAAGGAAUAGCCACACCGACAAUGCUUCCAUGGACAAGUCCUCAUCAAAACUGACCCAUGCUGAUGGAGAACAAACAUCAAUCAUCCCUGUCCAUCAGGUCAUUGAUAAGGUCAAGGGUUAUUGCAAUGCUCAUUCAGAUAAUUUCUAUAAAAAUAUUAUCAUGUCAGACACCUUCAGCCACAGCACAAAGUUUUAAUAUCUUUAAUAAAAGAAAGAGACAUCAGUCUGCAGCAACGUGAAGAUGUGCAAGCUGUGAAAACUCUGACUAGCAGAUGUAAACGUGGUAUUACCUAGGUAACUGCAUAUAUAUGAAGAAUGUGUUUUGUGAGGAAGGCUUCUGUGAAAUUCAAAAUCUGUCUUUUCAGUGUAUUUCUUCCAUGGGGGAGUUUCCACCAUCACUAAACUUCAGUACUAAGAGCAGCAUGACUCAGUAGCCACAGGGGAUAGGAUUUUUUAAAUAUAUGAUUGAAUGGAUCAAUCAGAACUUGGGCUGUGGGGUGGAAUAUUAAAAUUAGAGGGCAAGGGACAGACCGAGCUUGGGACAAGCCCUAGUUUAGAGCUCAUUCACACCCCACAUAAUAAUUAGAUUUGGAUAUGGCCAUUUGCUCCAUCAUCUUUCUCUGCAAUCAAAAGCAUACUAAUAUUUAUAACUAUCUUGGAUGCCCACAAGUCCCAUCUCAGUGCUAGUUUCUAUGAAUGCAUUAAGCAUUUCCUCUUUUUUAAUGAAAUUUCAACCACAGAUACAAAAGAAUAUUUAAUGUCUGACUCAAAGUUUAGAAAGGAAUAUUUUCUUAUUAUCUCAGAUGUUUAACCCUGAAGACCACAACAUGCUUAAGAAAGAAAGAAUUCCCAAAAUGUUGACCCAGUUAAUAUGAGGCCAUGUUACUUCACUUAUCCUAUUCAAGACACAAGGCUUAAACGUCGUCAUUAAUUAUAAUUUAGUCCUAUACAUUUGAAUCAAGUUUAGUGUUGAUGUUGCAUUAGACUGGAGCUCCCAGGAGCUGAAGAAUGACCCUCUUACACCUCUGCUUUUGCUGCUCUGCUGUACAUUGAGCUGCGGGCUCAUGGGAGGAAUGUGGAUUUCCAUUAGGCACGCUGUGUACAGUAGUCUCUCCCUUUCGGGAAAAACAACCAUUGAGACUCUAUGGUCUUGUCUUUGCUCCAGAGACUUUUUAAGACAUUUCCAUUUGCACAAAUGAAAAGCCUCUUACUUCCUCUUUCCAGAGUUUUGUUCCAAAGAAUAUAAACUGAGACUUAGGUGGGUGACUUAUCAUAAUCAAAAUAAUUUAUAAAUGUGUGGGUCUACACUUGCCAGUCUGCAAACUAUUUGUACAUAAGUCCUCUGAUUAUAAGAGCCAGAGGAGGUCUGGCAAGACAGAUGGGGUGUUAUUUAUGGAUUAGGUUUCUGCAUAUAAGCCAUGCAUAAUAUUAAGCAGCUUAACCUAACUGUCAAACUAUCCUGAGUAAUAUGCUUGCCAGUGAACGUGUAAGAGACCACAUUUUAAUUGUUCUUAAAUGACGGACUCAUAUCCAGUUUCUCAGAAAUCGGUCUCAGUACAUGCUGUACCUUUACAUUUGCUCUGGGUUAUCUGAGACAUUUCAGGUUCUGGGAGGUGGCAGCCUAAGUGAUGAGAAGAUGAGACAUUCUGGCAGAACCAAACUGCUUAAAGGCAGAAGCCAGACUAAGCACCUGGGGACCUUUCUCUCUGUGCAGGAAGCAGGUAGCUCUCAGUCUGAGACAUAGGAAAGCUUUUAGGCUAUGCAGCAAACAAGGGGCCUCUCAGCUUUUGCUGAUCUUCGAUCAUGAAGCUUUUGGCCAGACUUAAAUGGAUGAUAAUGUGCUAAUGGGUUUUCAUACUGUUCCAUUUUGUAGCAUCCUGAAACACUGAUCUGGAAGACAGGAGCAUUGCCCAGCUUGGCCUUCACAGGGGAGGGGUGUAGAUAGUAGGAAAGGUUAGUAAAUCUAAGGUCACUAAGACCCUACAGUAGAGCCAUGUCCUUUUCUCUAGGCAUAUAUAUUAACAGGCUGCUUAUUUUGGCAGAGGUUACAUCUAGAUGAAAAUUAGCCUUAAAUAGUCACUGAAUCUUCAUAUACUUUCCCCCAAGCCUUAGAGAUGGUAGAAUUUAAUUAGCUUUCGACUGUGAGAUUUCUACCCAAAGUGCUUAUUGAGUUAAAAGUAAUUAAGAGAUAGCUUUAAAAAUAGCUUUGAUUUCUACUCGUAUUCAUCCAGAUCUGGGAAAACUUUUUUUUUUUCCAAAUUUGACAACAGUAUCAGCUCCACUUUAUAAAUUUCCAGUAAUCAGGUAAGGAAAAAAAAAA